AUGAACUCAGCAUCAACUCCAGAGCGAGAAGACAAUGUGUUUGUAGACAUCACAAACAUCCCAUACGACAUCCAGCGAAGUCAUGUCUGGGCUGCUGUUAACGCGAUUGGACUGAAGCCAAUGUCCUGUUUAGUGCUUCGAGCUCAAAACCCCCAUGAACGCUCUUAUGCCAGAGUUCGCUUUUCAAACACACAGCACGCUGUCAUGCUGGUCCAGCAAGGUCUCGUAAUCAUGAACGAGUUUAGAUGUACAGCUUCUUUCACACCUCCUAUUACCAGCAGUAGUCCAGGAGGAUUUGCAUCAGCAGCAUCAAUAAACUUCUCAUUGCCUAGUAGACCAUCUUCUGAAAGCUCGAUACCUAUAACUCGAAGCUCGACACCUGUUAAUCGUGUAACUCGAAGCCAGACUCGAUACAAUACGACGGCAACACCACCUCCCGCAUCAGCACCAGUAGCAAACUCCUUCUCCUUUGUAGACAGACAAUCCGCGGCCACGGCAACGGACGGAUUAGCUGCACCAUCAAAUGAACCACCAGCGGUAAAUCCUUGUGAUGUCUUGAGCGGCAGUGCCGUCCCAGAAGGUGUCAAGGACUAUACACACUGUAUAAAUGGUGUCUAUCCGAACGGUAUGCCGAGAUACGUGGCUGAAGCUGAUCAAUAUAUACGUAGCUUCAUUUCAUAUAUCGCCCGUCUACCUCAUGAUGCCAGACCAAAGAGUGGUGAUGAAAUCAAAGAGAAGUUCCGAUACUUUAGAACAUAUAUUAGUAAAUCCAUUGGGAUAACUCCUGGCUCCGCAGUGCAUCACAUGAACCAGCUCAAAGUAUUCAAACAUACCUCAAGACACAAGCUUGUAUUUACCAACUUGGAGCAAUAUGGCCCACAAGCUGGAGACGAAACUGGAGCUUCCAGUCCUAGUCGUAACGGCACUCUUCAUCGUCCAGGACAACGCAUUCGAAGGACAGAUCUGGUCAUAUUGAAUAGCUCCAGGGCUGAACUUGAAGCUGAUAAGAAUGGUGUAAAGAUUGGUCAACCGCAGGAGGCGUUGUCAGUGCUCAGUGAGAACGAUCCACGCUUUAUUGGAUUAGAAGACGAUGCGCUUACUAUAAAACAGUCUGACGAAGUCAUCAAAAUCACAUUUACCAUACGAGUGGAUAGGGGAAGGCCCGACGUCACUCUUACGAAACACCCAUACUUCCUGAAUCCAAUGGGUGAUGAUUUGACUAUAACGGUUAAGUCAAGAGAUGAUCAGUCUGAUCCUCUAGUCGUAUCCUCACGUAGGAUGACCUUUUUGGAGUUGACCUUAAAGCCUCGUAAUGUAGGCUACUUAUUGGGGGUCAUCUGUUUCGAGUUCGGAACUUUUGUAAUCUGCCGUUAUGUAAAUGUGCAUGUACAGGACGGUGCUUAUAUUACUCCAGCAGACGAACCUCGAGCAUCUGAAUCAGUCACCACAACUCCUAUUACCGCUGCUAUUUCUUCUAAUAGAAGGAAACUCCGUGCUGUCAGACCCGUCGCAGAUAGCAACAAUCCACCAUUGCGCGGGCGACCUCCGCCGAGACCUAACUUCCAAGCCUUUGAAAAUCCGCUUCUUCAGUAUCAUGUUCCGAAAGAAAUGAGAAGGAGGUUUGACCUGGGAGAAUAUAAAGAACUCGACAAUAUGACCUUUAGUCUAUCAUAUGACAAGUAUUCUGCCACAUUCGCCACACUGUGUUGGUUGGAGGAACUUCAAAUGGAAGUUGAUAUUCGCAAAUAUGAUAUGCAUGGUGUUGAAUUGAUUGAAGCUGGGCCUCUUUAUCAAUUAAAGGUACCUGGAUUGGCAGAAAAGAGACCAUCCGUGAUGUAUGGAGACAAAGUUACUGUAAUGGCAUCGGAUGAUCCCACAGAAACUCGUUAUGAAGGCUAUACACAUCGCGUAGAGCAGGAGCAAGUGUUACUCUCGUUUCACGACAGAUUCCGUCAACGGGUGUUCGUCAGAGGACGGAAAUUUAACAUCAUGUUUCAGUUCAAUCGAACUCCAAUCAAACGUCAGCAUCAAGCUCUUGAUUUGACGAAGACCCUUCCGAGAGAAGUGCUGUUUCCUUCUAUUGCACCACCUCGAGCAACAUCAGCAAAACCGGCUGAUUUAAGUGGCCUGCGUGGUUUGAAUGAAGAGCAAACCGCCGCCGUACGAAAUGUGGUGGAAAAUUCAUGCUCGUACUUGCCAUACGUUAUCUUCGGCCCUCCUGGAACUGGCAAAACUAGGACUCUCACAGAGUGUAUCAUGCAAACGUAUCAAAACAGGAAGAGCGAUUCAGUGCACAUUCUCGCUUUUGCUCCAAGGUACUAUUGCUUCGAAACAGUCAAUGUGAAAGUGCUGACUCACUAUGCUGCUUUAUCUAGUAACUCUGCCGCGGAUCAAAUCUGUGAACGGAUCUCUGGAAUGUUUAGUCGCUCUAUGAUGUUCCGACUGAACGCGUAUCGUCGAGAACGUGCCGAACUCUCCGCAAAAGUUAUGGAGUACUCGCGGUACUCAGAGUCCACUGGUAUUUUUGACACCCCAACCAAGCAAGAAAUGAUGGCGUACACCGUGGUAGUUGUGACAGCCGUUUCUGGCGGGUUGCUGUACUCGAUGGGCCUUCCUCGGGGUCAUUUUACUCAUUUCUUCAUUGACGAGGCAGGACAUUGUAUUGAACCAGAGUUCUGGAUUGGUAUUGCUGGUCUGAUGGAUACGACUCCAGGACGCUCGCAGAUUGUCCUUGCUGGAGAUCCAAUGCAAUUGGGACCAGUCCUGAGAAGUGAUAUCGUAAAACAGUUUGGUCUUCACCGCUCGUACCUUGAACGUCUAACCGAGCUUCCAGUGUACAAACCGAAGCAAUCUCAAGACGGUUCUCAUGCACAAUACGAGAACCCACAUCUGGUCACGAAGCUCGUUCGUAACUAUAGAUCUCAUCCGGCCUUACUGACGUUGCCAAACCAGCUGUUUUAUAACAGUGAUUUGAUACCUGCUGCUGAUGUAGCGAUGCGAGAAAGUUUAUCGACUCUUCCAUUUUUGCCUAAUCGCAACCAGUUCCCGCUGGUAUUUGUCGGUGUGAAUGGCAAAGAUAUGCAGGAAGCUGCUUCUCCGUCGUGGUACAAUCCUGAUGAAGUGAGCAUGGUUAAUCAGUGGGUUGACAAGUUGAGAAGUGCUCCGAGGUCGUAUGGCAUUAGCUCGGACCAAAUUGGUGUUAUUACACCAUAUCGUCGCCAAGUACAACGCCUUCGUAACAGACUGCAGCCAUCUCAUGGUGACGCCAUCAAAGUGGCAUCUGUAGAAGAGUUUCAAGGACAAGAACGGCGUAUCAUCAUCAUUAGCACAGUACGAUCCUCAGCCAAAUACUUUGAGCAUGACUCGGUGCACAAUCUUGGAUUUUUGAGAAAUCCAAAGCGAUUUAAUGUCGCUAUCACUCGUGCCAAAGCACUUUUGGUUGUGAUUGGCAACCCAGUUGUCUUGUCGAGUGACAAGCAUUGGAAGGCUCUCAUCGACUAUUGUCGUGACAAUAAGGCUAUAGUCGGAUACGAUCCACAGUUAGCUGACCCUACGGAUGCUAUGAGUGGAUUGUUGACUGCUUUAGAUAGAAUGAGGAUGGCACAAGAUGAAGAUGACGAUGAUAAUGCUCAACAACAAGGCGCGAAUGGAGCAUCGCUGGUCACGAAUGUUGAAGAGCCGGAAUGGAAUCCGAAUGAAUAG